GUGCAGGCGUACAAUCAUGAGCAGCUUACGACACUCAGUGAACACUAGGUGCCUCUGCAUGCUCUAGCAACAUACUGCUCAGCUGAAGGGAAGGGAUUCUUGCUGUCUCUCUCUGCUCUAAGCAUCACCUAACAAGCAAAGCGAACAAAGAAUGGGAAAUAAAGCUACCCUUAGCCGGUCAGUGAAUGAAUGGUAAUCUCUCUAUGGAGUAAAGGUUGUGCCGGUCAAUGGUCGUUGCAAAUGAUGGACAUUAAACAGAUUGACAAAUCCUGUGGAGUCGUUAGUACAGAGUUUGGAGUUUUUUUCACGCCACAGUGUUAACUGCAGAGAAAAGGACAGAGGGAGAAGGAGAAGAUCAAGCUCAUGUACAUAGUUCUGAAACUUGCAGGUCCUAGGAGUCAGCUAAAAAGCUAGCUGGACAAGCCUUUCGCUCUUUGAGCAGAAGCAAAGUGAGACAUUGUGAGCUUGCCAGCCUUGCACAAAAUUGAAAGGGACUGAAUUUGUAGCACAGAGGGGUCUUUUUUAGCUCUGCAUAUAAUUAGUCCAAACACAAAGGAAGCAACUGAAUGGAGGUUGUCACUCUCUGGAAAAGGAAUUUGAAAAAGAUUCAAUGGACAUUCUCAAGCAUAUUUGGAAAUAUCCUUGCUAAUGGAUUUCCUUCUUAUUGGUCUCUGUUUAAACUGGCUGCUGAGGAAGCCCCCGGGGUUGAUAUUGUGUACGCUGGGUAUCUUUUCUAAAAUGCUUCCAGCUGUGAAUAGUGGGUGUCCACAGCUAUGUCGGUGUGAGGGCAGGCUUUUGUACUGUGAAUCACUGAAUCUUACAGAGAUGCCUCGCAACCUGUCGGGCAUGAUGGGCUUGUCUCUGCGGUACAACAGCCUUUCAGAGCUGCAUGAUGGACAGUUCACAGGGUUAAUGCAGCUCACGUGGCUCUAUCUGGAUCACAAUCACAUUUGCUCAGUGGAGGGGAAUGCCUUUCAAAAAUUGCGGCGAGUUAAAGAGCUCACCCUGAGUUCCAACAAAAUAACCCAACUGCCCAACACCACUUUCCGACCCAUGCCAAACUUGCGCAGUGUGGAUUUAUCAUACAACAACCUACAGUCUUUGGAGCCUGACCUGUUCCACGGGCUGAGAAAACUCACAACUUUGCACAUGCGGUCGAACGCCAUCAAGUUCGUGCCAGUGAGAAUUUUUCAGGACUGUCGCAGCCUGAAGUUUCUAGACAUAGGAUACAAUCAGUUAAAGAGCCUGGCUCGAAACUCUUUUGCGGGCUUGUUCAAACUCACUGAGCUGCACCUCGAGCACAAUGACUUGGUGAAAGUGAAUUUAGCCCAUUUUCCCAGGCUCAUCUCCCUGCAGUCUCUCUGCCUGCGAAGGAAUAAAGUUACCAUUGUAGUAAACACUUUGGACUGGAUAUGGCAACUCGAGAAACUGGAUCUCUCCGGCAAUGAAAUUGAAUACAUCGAGCCUCAUGUUUUCGAAAGUGUACCUCACCUCAAAUCCCUGCAGCUGGACUCCAACCGGCUGACCUACAUCGACUCCCGAGUCCUCGACUCCUGGAAGUCCCUCACUAGCAUCAGCCUUUCUGCAAACGCUUGGGAUUGCAGCCGUAACGUUUGCGCCCUGGCCUCCUGGCUGAGCACCUUCAAGGGUCGCUACGACAGCAACCUGCUUUGUGCCACCCCUGAGUAUGCACAGGGUGAGGAUGUUUUGGACGCGGUCUACGCCUUCCACUUGUGUGAAGACACAACAGACCCGACAAGUGUGAAUACCCUCUCCCCUGUAACAAACAACAGCGACCAAACGUUCAGCUAUGGCUCAGCCACCGCCACGUAUGACGUGCAGGACGGCGACGAGGACUGGACAACAUAUGCCAUCACCGUCACCAUGCCUGGCGAGAACUCGGAGAACGCCGUUCAGAUCCAUAAGGUGGUGACGGGAACCAUGGCCCUGAUUUUUUCCUUCCUCAUCGUGGUUUUGGUGUUGUACGUCUCCUGGAAGUGCUUUCCAGCCAGCUUAAGGCAACUAAGACAGUGCUUUAUAACACAGCGCAGAAAGCAGAAGCAAAAACAGACCAUGCAUCAAAUGGCUGCCAUGUCAGCCCAGGAGUAUUACGUUGAUUACAAACCCAACCACAUUGAGGGAGCCCUGGUGAUCAUUAAUGAGUAUGGAUCUUGUUCCUGUCACCAGCAGCCAGCGAGGGAAUGUGAGGUGUGAUUUUCCUUGGGGAUUUAAACAGUGUGCAACCAAAUAACAGCGUGCAGGCAGACGGUGGCACAAGGUGGGGGGUGGGGGGGGGGGGGUUGCUGUGCUUGGCUGGUGAUUUCUGAUGUGCUCCUCUGCCGAAAUUGUUAAGAGGGGCUGUCUAAAAGACUUGAUAUUUUAGCUUUAUCGUGUCUUAAAAACCUUCAGGACAGUCAAUCUUAAGAUUUCAUAUGCUAAUAACUCCCUUUGAAGAUCUGUCAAUAUUCAGGAAUCUGAGAGUGUAAAAAGGUACCAAUUAUUGAUCUUUUGUAAACUAAGAAAACUGUUUAAAAUAAAAACAAAUAGCAUUUACAGUUUUUACAGACUGGUGUACAUUACAUGAGUUGUUCCCUGUAUACAAAAAUGCAACAGUUUAACCUCUUUUUCUCUUCAUUCUGAGUGUUGAAAUGAAAGUCUGGGAGCAAAGAAGCCACGUAAAAUAGAAAGCUUAAAAUUAAUCAGAUGGCUUCACACUGUAAUUAGCACACGUUCACUUACAUCAUGUUACUGAAGAUAUGAAGCAUGAUACUGGAAUUAUAUUUUUGUUAAUGUGCUACCUGUAGCUGGAUGUGAGCACGACAAGGAGCCAAUGCACCUCAGAAAGGCUAAAGUUUUGACUGUGUCCCUGGGACAGGAUUUCUGAGGAUUUUUAAGUACAGCUCACUUGUUCAUUGCUGUAAGAUCCAUUAAAAAACUGCAUCCUAACCCCUGAAAGUAUUUUGUAUCAAAACUGAUAAUAUUGCAAAGUCUCUCUAAAAUAAAACAACCAACUAAACCCAAAAUGACCAAAUCACUGCCAGAAUGUCCUCAGCAUAAUUUUCUUUAAAGUAAAAAGGACAAAAAGUUUCUAAAUUCAAGGGUUUUCACUAGCAUUUUCCACUUCUAUGCUUGUUUUGACAUAUGCUAAGAGUAAAGAAACCCUUGCUUUGUGCACUGUGGUGCCAUGGUGAAUGGAGAAGAGGAAAAGCUAUUUGGUUCUCAGUGGUGAAAUCUAUGUGUCUUUCAGGAGUAAAAGCUUGGCUCUAACACUGUCAGAGUAAGACAGAGUUAUUACAGCAUACUUCUGGGUCCUAUAGUAAACUGCUAGCAAAGCCUAUGUCGUGUCCUUCAUUUUCACCACCAGCCUUCACUAACAAAACCACUCUAAAAUCUCUGCAGAGGCUGAAAGUAUACAAAACCUCCUUACUAAUGACUGAUGAAUGGAACUGAUGGAUAUAAGCAGUGGUUUAAUAAUGUGGAAUCACAGAGCUGUUUUAUCUGACUGCCCUUAAAUAAAGCCUUCCUUUCCUUGUA